AUGAUGAAGUGCAAAUGGCAUUGCACAUCAGGCGACCGCCAGGAACAUUGUCGGAUCAUUAUCAGCUGGCGGAAGCGGAAGAAAACCACCGUCAAUGAGUGCAAUGCCGACGACACCAAUGCCGACGACAACGACGACGACGAGAACGACGCCGAUACCGAUGCCGGCGACGACGAGAACGACACCGACACCGGUGCCGACAACGAGAACGAGGACGACGAAGACGACGUCGACGACGCCGACAACAAUGAGCGCGGCGAAGACGCCGACGAAGACGUCAAUAAAGAUUCCGUCGAGGAAGCGGUGGAAGGGUCGAGAGUACAAUACGGCGGCGGAGCUGUAGCUGCGCGGGAAAAUAGUAGUAAUCAGAACGGCGCCAACAACGAGCGCAGCAACAGUGAUGACGACGACAACGACAUCACCAACAUCGGGGUGCGUUACACCGGCAGCACCGCUCUCGACACCGUUGCCGUUACCCCCGACACCGACAGCUCCGCCGAUGACAACAACAACAGAGGCGAGCAGCUACCUCUACCAAGUGACGAGAUAGCAGCUUCAGUAAAUGAGAUGACUCUACUUUCGCUGCAGCCUAUUACAGCAGAAACCAACGAACUGCCUAUUCAACAAAACGAAAAAAGACAAUCUACACCUAAUUUAUCCUCUAUGGAAUCUAUUCAGAAAAUGAAAACUUCUUUAAAAGAUCUUGCUGAGGCAAGCAAUAUUACUUUAGAAGCUUUAGAAGCAGCAAUUCUCCUAAAACAGCAGCAAUUUCUUAAAAAACAGCAAGAAACCAUAACUACAAGUACUACAACAACUACAGCAACACCUCUCAAAAAUGUAUAUAACUUCGAAGCCACUAAAGUGAUGAAUGCACCCCGGGAAUAUUAUCCUGUAGGAUAUGACAGAAAUUUUGAUGACAAUUUUGCAAGUCGUGUUGAUUUACCAGAAACGAGUUUCUACUGUGGCGAUCAAAAACACUUUCCAGGACUUUACGCAGAUGAAGAUUUAGGUUGCAUGGUAAGCGUUUUUAUCACAAAAAAUAAUUUCUGAAAAAAUAUAACAUGU